AGAUCAUCAUAAAUUUAUUAAUGUUAUGAUAUCGUAAUUCCUUGUGUUAGGCUAAUUGUGCAAAAUUCCCUAGCUGAAUUUGCCUAUAAGUACCCGCGUUAAUAUCAGAUUCUCUACAGCAUUUCAUACCAAAUCCGAUUUAAUUUCUAGUUUCUAGCCCCUCCACCUUAACCCGAAGCUACUUUUUUUCUUCUCCAAGGAGUAAAAUGGUUGUAUCAGAGAAAAGCAAGAUCUUAAUAAUUGGAGGCACAGGCUACAUAGGAAAAUACUUGGUGGAGACAAGUGCAAAAUCUGGGCAUCCAACUUUCGUUCUUAUCAGAGAAAGCACACUCGUAAACCCCGAGAAAUCAAAACUCAUCGACACAUUCAAGAGUUAUGGGGUUACGCUACUUUUUGGAGAUAUAUCCAAUCAAGAAAGCUUACUCAAGGCAAUCAAGCAAGUUGAUGUGGUGAUUUCCACUGUCGGAGGACAGCAAUUUGCUGAUCAAGUGAACAUCAUCAAAGCAAUUAAAGAAGCUGGAAAUAUCAAGAGAUUUCUUCCUUCAGAAUUUGGAUUCGAUGUGGAUCAUGCCCAUGCAAUUGAGCCAGCUGCAUCACUCUUCGCUCUCAAGGUAAAAAUUAGGAGGAUGAUAGAGGCAGAAGGAAUUCCAUACACAUAUGUAAUCUGCAAUUGGUUUGCAGAUUUCUUCUUGCCCAACUUGGGGCAGUUAGAGGCCAAAACCCCUCCUAGAGACAAAGUUGUCAUUUUUGGCGAUGGAAAUCCCAAAGCAAUAUAUGUGAAGGAAGAAGACAUAGCAACAUACACUAUGAAAGCAGUAGAUGAUCCACGGACAUUGAAUAAGACUCUUCACAUGAGACCACCUGCCAAUAUCCUAUCCUUCAACGAGAUAGUGUCCUUGUGGGAGGAGAAAAUUGGGAAGACCCUCGAGAAGUUAUAUCUAUCAGAGGAAGAUAUUCUCCACAUUGUACAAGAGGGACCUAUGCCGUUAAGAGUCAAUUUGGCCAUAUGCCAUUCAGUUUUUGUUAAUGGAGAUUCUGCAAACUUUGAGAUUCAACCUUCUACAGGUGUCGAAGCCACUGAGCUAUAUCCGAAAGUGAAAUACACAACCGUCGACGAGUACUACAACAAAUUUGUCUAGGUUGUCGACAUCAAUCUGCAGUGAACUCUAUCAAACUUGUUGUUUUUAUGGAUUUGUUUAGUGUAAUUGCAAUAAUUUUCGCUUCAAUGCUUUUGCAACUGAAAUGUACUAGCUAGUAAUUGAACGCUAGCUAAACUCUUUACUGCUGUUUGCUAUUUUUCGUCUUAUUCUAUAUAUUGUAUGCGUAUGUGUGUGUUUAAAACGAACUACUAUGUAUUCAUUUAAUGAAUUUUGCAUUUUGCACUAUGUUGAUUGGCA